CACAACCAGCACAACAUCUUGAAUCGAUCCAGAGUUAGCUCGCGUCAAAGAUAAUUCAGCUGUAACGUUUCUGCUGGCCAUAUGACAGCCUUGAAUAUGGUCUGGCAGAGCUCACCCGACUGCUAUCCCGUAACGUCAUUCAACCGCACUUCAAUGACGACAACACCGAGGUCAGCAUGACGACGGUCUCCAGGACCAGCCGAAUAAGAUGACGCCUACGAAUGUCAAUGCAAUAUAUGGACUGGACUUCAUGGCAGUCUAUGAUGAUAUGCCGUGAAUUCUAGUGUCUAUUUUAUAUUCAUUAUUAGCAUUCCUAUUCCCAACAUUAUUGCUUAAUUCUGAUUUCCUCUGCGCAACUGUCUAUAAUAUAUCCCCCUAUCGAUAUUGACUGCAACAUCCACCAAAAUGAUUAUUGAGAGCAAAAUCCCCCCUGUUCCUCCGAUUCCAACUCAAACUUCGAUUUCCCCCAUUCCAACUGUCGUUCCCGGCAAUACUCCGGUCUACCAGGAGCUUCAUGGAACAGGGCAUCGGACAUUAUGGGUCGUUGCUAUUCUCAUGGGCAUCUCGUCCCUCGUUUUCUACACUCUUAGUGCCCGAGCACCAUUGCCCAAACGCGUCUUCCACACUCUGAUCUCCAUCUCGACCACCGUCUCUUUCAUCGUCUACCUCGCCCUAGCCACCGGACAAGGCAUAUCCUGGAAACACGACUCAAUCAUCGAGAAACACGAACAUGUCCCAGACACCACACGCGACUUUUUCCGCCAGGUGUUCUGGCUGCGCUACGUGAACUGGUUCCUCACCGAGCCACUCACUCUGAUCAAUUUGACAUUGCUGUCCGGUCUCCCUGGUGCUCACUUGCUCGUCGCCAUCGUCGCAGACUACGUGAUGCUCAGUUCUGGCAUUCUGGGAACAUAUGCCGGUCACACGCCUGCCCGAUGGGUCUGGUUCACUGUCAGCGCUCUGGGAUAUCUGACUUUGAUUUAUCAAGUUGGUAUUCACGGAUCCAAGGCUGUGAGCAACAAGGAUACCCAGACUAGACGUUUCUUUGGAUCCUACGUUGGGGUGACUUUGUUGGUGAAGGUUCUUUACCCAAUCGCCAUCGCGGCUGGCAGCCUCUCUUUGAAGAUGAACAUCGACGGCGAGAGUGUCCUAUUCGCCAUUUAUGAUAUCUUCACUCAGGGAAUCCUCGGAUACUGGCUUCUCAUCGCCCACAACAGCGCUUCGGGGGUCACUUCCCACGUCGACGGGUUCUGGUCUCGUGGAACGGGCACCGAAGGAGCAAUUCGCAUCGAGGAAGAAGGAGCUUAGAGCUUCUCGUUCUGAAGGGAUUAAAGUCAACUACAAUCCCUACUUGCGAAAAGGUCGUGAUUUCAUGGCCCGGAUCCAGGCCAUUUACUUGACUUGGUAACCGAAGAAGGACAAGCACAACAAACCAACAAAUUGAUAAUUAUGCAAUUUGAAAACAAGGUUUAGAUUGAUGAACAUCAAGGAAGGAUAUCUAUCUUUCAAUUUGAAAGUGUACAGCGAUUUAUGAGCUGCCGUUUUAAGGGAUCAUUCUUUGCGGGUAUGGUAAUCUCGGAGUUCAGGGAGUAUUCUGAAAACGUUACAGAUUGAAUUAGUUUUAAAAAUAUUAAAUAUAAUUUCCAUUUUCUAUCUGAC